AUCACUACAAAAUCUGAGGUUUUUACACUUGUAUUUCUUCUUAAUAAAAGUAGUAACUCCGGCUUCAGCUUCACUUUCCAGAAUGUGUUUUAUUCUCCGAAUAACUAUAAAUUGUAAAAUACGGUUAUUAUUCUACGUGCGUACAACGAAGUGAAACGAAACUAUUUUAACCGUAACCGCACUUAAUACCAAGAAAACGAUUCGCCGACAGAUUGUCUUAUGACGUGUGCGAUUCAUCGUAAUGUAAGAGAGGUCCAUGCUAUCAUCAAUCGAUUGUUGCGAUCUGCGAUUCGCCCACAACAACACGAGCGAAAGGUGCAUCGGAUUACAGCUGUCUAUUCCCAUUUGUGAUGGCCCGUACAUUUCACAUUUUACCGCACCGGGCAACUUAUUCACCGUAGGUACCGUACCGGCUUGGCUUCGUAGAAUUGCGGGGUGUCUUUGGUGAGUGAUGGUAGUACUGUCAAUCUACGAGGAAGUGUGUACACAGUGGUGACGCACAUGUUGGGUGAGCGGGGAAGUUUGGUUCUCAGGUUCAUAAGCCAGGCUUUUAUUACGCUGUGGGAUUUUAUUUUCUCCUGCAGUUCUGCUUCAGUUUCUUGGGUCCUCAGAUACUUGCCAUUGAGGAUGGAGAUACCAAACUGUUCUUCAGAGUUCUCUAGUACCGAAGUAGCAUCUCUUGUGAAGAAGGCAAUUGACCUCGCAGAAUCUGAUCAUAAUUCAUCAGAAUUUCUGCAUGGUUCUGAUGACGAUAUAGAAAUAGAUAAUGUGGAGCCAAAUAAUGUAAAACUUGCAAAUGAUCAUGAAAAUCCUGUGAGACAUGUUGGUCAUCAAAGGAGUACAGUGAAUCCACGGUGGCAACUAACAGGCAAUCAUAUAACACCAGAUCAGGUGUCUGAUAUUGAGAAAGAACUGGACUUCUAUGAGAAGAUUGCACUUGUCUUUUUACUUUAUGAUAAUGAAGACCUCGCUCUUCAGAGAAUAAAAGUUGCUAAGCAGUCCAAUAGAAUUGGGCUAAUCUCUGAUUGGGCCAGGUUGGAAAGCAGCACCAAUCCACAUUGGCAUGACAAAUUUUUAGAAGCUUUAUGUAUUAUUCAGAAUUAUAAAUUGAUUCGGAAGUUGGGAUUUUCUCGAUCAGAUGUUGAUCUGAGAUUUCUUCCGGACAACAAUGAAACUUCAGUAUAUGUGCAUAUUGUUCGCAAGGCUCUGUACAUUUUGUGCGAGUCACUUGAUGGAAGUCAAUCAGUCCAACUCUUAAAUCACUUGAAAAGGAAGUUAGUGGAAUCUGGACAUGCACCAGAAGAUUUGUGGGCCUUCGAUCCAGAUUUAUUGGAGAUAACGCUAUUGCAGAUGAUGUCAUUGCGGUUCCUGAAUGUUGGCAGUCACACGUACACAGAUGCAGCAGGGUUUGUGUAUGGUUUAAAAGCUGUUGGUGCCCCUAAACUGGCUGAAAAUUUUCAGUCACUAUGUUCAAGGAAAGGUGAAGAGUCAUUGUCAACUGCCAGUGAAAUGAGUUUUAAGAGUUCGUCUACCAGCCCAAGCAAAUUGAAGACUGAAAUAUCUGCGGUGCCUUCAGUUUGUGAUGACGAUUUCCGAUAUCCCAUUAACCCAAAGCAUGUUGGGAUGUGUUUAAUAAUAAACCAGAAAGUGUUUACAAGAGAUAUGACUCCAGCAUCCCAGCAUCUCUUGCCAGAAGAGCCCCUGGAUACUCGUAUGGGUACAGAUCUCGACAGGGAUCGCCUGAUUGAAAUAUUUACGAAAUUAGGAUUUCUUGUGCGUGUUCGUGAAAAUCUUACAGAUGUAAUAAUGGAGGCAGAGGUGAAGACCAUUGCCAAUAAAGCCCUGCCAUAUCAUUCGUGUUUUGCUCUCUGCAUUCUGAGUCAUGGAAAGAAAAAUGUUGUUUAUGGUAGCAAUAGCUUACCAGUAUAUGUUGAUAAAAUAGAAAGUAUGCUACAUGGCUCACAGUGUAAGCCAUUGUUUGGAAAACCCAAGAUUUUAAUCAUCCAAGCCUGCCAGGGUACCACUCGCCAACAAGCUGUUCCCUAUGAAGACAUUGUGACAGAUGGACCUGCAUUUGUAAGGACUGCACCAGAAGUUGGUGAUAUGGUAACAUUUUGGUCAACUGUUCCAGGAUAUGCUGCUUUCCGGGAUAAGGUUCACGGUUCAUGGUUCGUCAAAUCACUCUGGAAUGAAAUGAUGAGUGAAGGAACCCAAAGGGAUCUUACGAAAAUAUUCACUCGUGUUAUUGGUAGGGUGAGUGACCGCCAUGCUAAUAUGGAUGGUGAAAGAAAAGCCAUGAUGCCAACAUUCAAUUCUACCUUACGUCGCGAUUUAAUAUUUCCUCGUCUACCUAAGUCUUAUGCUGAAACUGCACGCAAAGUAGUAGAAAGAAUUAUGUAUUACAAGCUAAUUGAUGAAUUUGCCAACUUUUAUUUGGCAAAGAGGCGACAGCAAAUGUUUCAUUGAAAAAGUACUUCUGACGUUGUUAGGACACAGUCGUAUCUGGCCAAAAACUGCUAAGAGGUGCUGAUACGGUCAUUGGGAAACAGUUGUUACCUUAAUUUUAUGGCUGUGAAGAAUUACAUUUUGAGAUGGAAAUUAUUUUUUUUUAUCUUUGUACACUUUCUCUACUGUACUUGAAAUAAUGUUGUCACCAUAAACAUUUGUUUGUGAAGGUGCUGUAGUUCUAUUUUUGUAAUGUAUGUAGAUGCUUGUGAAAAAAGUUAUUUGGAAAGUUCUUGAUACGUACUACAAACAUCAGAAAUCAGAAGGAACUGCUGCUGAGCAAAUGGAGCCAUGAUAAAGUACAGUGUAUUUAAUCUGAUUCAUAAAAGGUUUUUAUCUCCCUCAUCUUAAGCUAUUGGCAAAAAUUACUAUUUUUCCCAUUUGUGACAGCUCAAUUAUGCAGUGAUUUCAUUUUGUUAUAAACAAGUAAGUUGCCAGAUACCUGUUUUUAGACAAAUGUGAUUAAAUACAAUCCAGCAACAUUGCUGUUAUUACAUGCUAACUGAAAUGAUUAAGAAUCCAAAUAUUGUUGUGAAAGCUCUAGAGACUACAUUUACUUACACACACACACACACACACACACACACACACACACUCUCACUCACUCUCUGCAGUUACUUCUGGCUUUGAUUCUUCAAAUCAGUGUGACACAUGGUAAUUGUGACUUGAUCUGAUCAUCUGAUCAUCAAACCUUUCUUGUACCUUCAUGGUAGGAGGUUUGUUCGUAUCCCAUUAUACAAACAGACUUCUUUUUGAUUGGACUGCUCUGUUGAUCACAUUGUGGAUAAAUCAGUUCAUUUCCAGAUUUCCAGCUUACUGUAGUUCUUUGUCAAUUCGAUUUUGAUUCAUUGUGUCAGUGAUUAAUGAUUUUAUAUUUUUAUCUUUAUUGGAAUAUAGUGCUUAAACAUUUUCUGUUUUAUAGCUAUUACAGAUUUCUAUCCCAAACAGAGAUAAGUCUGAAUACCAGCUCAGUUAUGCGGUGAUUUUAUUUUGUUACAAACAAGUAAGUUGCAAGUGAGCAGCUAAAUUUGUAGCUAACCAUAAUUUUGAAACUGGUGGUAGAAUAUGUGAAAUAAAUUCCAUACCACAUUCUACACUUUUUCUCCUGGCAAAAACCUUGCUAGCCACAAAUAUGACUAAGUGGUUAGUAAGAACAUACUUAAAAACACUUUUGGAUCUGUUGAUCAUGAAUACUAACACUAAUUGGUAUUUGUGUACACAGGGCCUCUGGGAUACUUUGUGAUCACAUGGAAAACAGUAUUUUGUUAAAUGUAGGUUGUUGUAUUCAGAAUGUUAAACGAUAAUAUUCUUUGUUUUCAAUGAAGAAGCUAAAUUUUAAAGGUUUAGCUGAUGAUGUAUUUUUGAUUGUAUGUCCCACUAUAUAUAAAGGUAGUGGCCGAAACGUUGGAACAUUUUAUAUUCUGAUGUCAUUUCUAGUAAACAACAUCACAUAGAAUGCAUGCUGUCACAUCCUAAGCACAGGUUUCACUUGAGAUUGCGUGAUACAGUUUGUAACCACAGAUUAGCUGCUUGGCGUUACUGAGAGGGAGACUUUGACCUAGCUAAGAAGUUACAAUCCCUGGUGUGAAAGUGGAAGAAGGCUGGGAGAUAACUGAAGUAUUCUCCAGAAUUGUUUUACUAUCUGAAGUUUAUUCAACAUAUACAGAAUGACUUCCUAACUGCUCUGGGUGAGACCUUUCCAAUGAGCAGCCAAGUCUGAUGCAGAGACGGUGCAAGACAACCGCUGUUCUGUCUACUCUUAGAUUGCAACCCACACAACUAGUUUAAGAGUCUCACAGCUGCUGCCUAUCUGAUCAUCAGCUCUGAGUGCUAACUCCGCAACAAGCCCUGGCUCUCCCUGCAACACCUCAUGUCAGAACUCUGUCUCGUCUCCUGAUUCCCUUGACCGCUUACUGCCUACUUUCUUCACUCCUAGACUGUCUGUUUUGGAGCAUCUCGCUGCCGAGUUUUGUAUCCUGUUCCUCUUCGACCCCACUGUCUAUUGCAAUGACGUAAUGUCGAGGGCUACUUGCCUCCUUAUUGCCAUGGCCGAAAAAGUUCACUUGGCUGGGAUCAGCACACUACAAUAGAUACUGUCACCAUGAUUACAAAAAGAGUUAAGGUGAGGCUCUUUUGGUGUAAGGAUAGCAGCCUAUGAAAAGCUUGUGAAGUUUGAUGAAUAUUUUUUUCCAGUAUGUGUUCGUUGCAUUUUUUUCUUUGUGAAAUAUGUGGUGGCUUUUUUUGUGUGUCGUAGAGUGGUUGGCACACCUUACUUCAUACCAAUAUUAACCACUUUCUGUAUUAUAUCAUCUGUUUGCCACAAGGGAAUAAUGCCCAUAACUACGUCUCCAUAAGCUUGCUAAAGUUCCUCAUGUUGUUAACACCAAUCAUUCUCACUCCAAUAAGGUAUAUUGUGUGGAAAAAUAAUUUUCUUGUGUAUAUGUAAUGUUGUUUCUAGAUUGUUCCUUUACAUAUAUACCUUUGUGCUUAAACUGUGAAGUUUAGAGUAAGAAAUACCUGAGAAACUCAUAUUCUCAAGUAUAUUAAUAUGUUUUUGCAUUACACAUGUAUUAAUGUUGUUCAUUGGGCACUACUUGAUGUGAAAUUUCGGAAUAUUAUACAUAUCAUUUCAAAGUUUUCCGUGUUCUGUGUUUAGUGAUUUUAUAUUUGUGAACAGUUUUUUCAUAAUAGUAUUUUGAAAUAUGCACAGGAAUGAUUUUUAAAAAUUGUAUUCUAUACAGUGUAAUCAGUAAAACAAUUUAAUGACUGUUUAUAAAAGCA